GGUCAGUAUUGCGAUAGAAUCCGUUUGUGUCUGGCCAGCCAGUAGAGUGGGUACCAGGCUACAUAGUAGUUGUACGACGGGAUCAGCGCGAUUCAGAACAGAAACUAGAAGAAACAGCCGGAGUGCAGAUCAGUCGAGUGCGCGCGCGGGUGAGAUAAAGUGAAUUGAUUCCAAAGUUUCCAUUUUUUUUUGCGAAAGUGAUUUUUGGAACGUUGAGACAGGUGAAACGGGAAGGAAUUUCAGCACACCCAAACGGGAUCUAAUCUAACGCGAACGAAUCAAACCCACAGCCAAAAUGUUUAGGAAUCACCUAGCGAUGAUUGGCAUGAACGAAACGCCCAACAAAAAAGCCAAAUUCUGGCAAUCAUACAUCAGAUCACUGAAAGGAUCCGAUGAUAUCCGUGCACAUGACACACCAACCUGGCGGAACCGGCCGAUCCUGCUGUACAACGAGCUGGAUACCGCGUCCGGUCGUGUUCAGUCGCCCGGAUACCACUACCAGCCAGUGCACCGGGAGACGUACGGCUACUCGCCACGGCCAAUCUACGACCACCAGUACCCACGCCAACGCCGGGCAGCAAGCGUAGGCAGACUGGCCGAUGCCGAGAAAGCCUGGAACGACCAUCUGGAUCGGAUGAGAGAUAUCGACCGCAGCGUUUUUGCCGCUCUGAAGAAAAUUUUUGCUCGAUACCCAUCCCGUUACGGACUGUACCUGCGGGACAAACCGAGCCAGGUUGUGCUGCCACAGGAGCUCGAGUACGAACCAGACACAAAGCCAUUCUACUCACUGCAUUAGGAUCACUUACAAAUACAUUAAAAACCAUGUAGAGAAGCUGUGUAAACAGUAGCAAACAUAACCUAUUCAACAAAAAAAAAACAACCAAAAAAAAAUCGAUUACUGCAACUGAUAUAAAACUUAUAUGAGAACCCAGAAACAGGAAAUUUUCCGGUAGAGGACGAAAAUGUUUAUUAUUUUUUUAUUAAAUAAUUCUUAAGUGAAGAAACAAGUGUAACAUAUUACUUAAAAAAAAGGUAAAACAAACGGUGAAAAAGUUUUCUAUUAACCAGUUUAUUAAACGUUCAGAAGAAAUAACUCAAAAACAGGAAAGAGAAAAAGAAAAGCGAACAUGUAAAACAGUAUAAACAAAAAGGGUAUUAACGUGAAAAGAAAACUGUCGACGAAAAAAAUCGACAAACCAAAAAAAACUAUCGAACCUUUCGAUUAAUUUCAACACACACACACAAACAAACACACCCACACAUACUCACAUUGUAUUAAACUGCAACGGAGAAACAAAAACAAAAA